AUGAUUAUGUUUCCUCUCUUUGGGAAGAUUUCUCUGCAUAUUUUGAUAUUUUUCCUGAUAGAAGGCAUUGUUACAUCCUUAACAGCCUUGCUAUGCUUUGACUUUGUAAUACAAAACUUUGUAUCUUUAGAAGAAAACCAAGAACCCAAGAGUACAAUUGCUUUUCUCCUGCCUGAAGAAUCUACAGAUGCUCUUCUACUUACUGAAAAAAAACAGAUUCUAGAUCACCGAGAAACUGAGAGACAGUGGUUACUUAGAAGGCACCGGCGAUCUAUUCUGUUUCCUGACGGAGUAAAAAUCUGUCCAAAUGAAAGUGUUACAGAAGCUGUUGCAAACCAUAUGAGGUAUUUUAAAGUCCGAGUAUGCCAGGAAGCUGUCUGGGAAGCAUUCAGGACUUUUUGGGAUCGACUUCCUGAGCGUGAGGAAUAUCGUUACUGGAUGGAUUUGUGUGAGGAUGGAAUUACAAGUAUAUUUGAAAUGGGUACCAAUUUUAGUCAGUCAGUGGAACACAGAAGCUUACUCAUGAAGAAACUGACUUAUACAGAGGAAACUAUAAGCAGCUCUGAAUUGUCAUCUCCAGUUCCUGCUGAUGAUACCUCAACAUUGAUAGGUGCUGCUCUCAGUGUUCCAUAUUCCAGGGUGGCCUCCUCUGAAGGUGCCUCAGAGAGUAGCUUGGAGCCCCCACAGGAGACUGUGAGUCAUGCUGUUGGGCCUCAUCUUUCCAUUUUCAUUCACAGUGGUAUAGAUGUUCUCUACACAGUUACCUUCAAUGCUGAGGCCAUCAGCAAUACCACAUGGGACCUAAUUAGCCUUCACUCCAACAAGGUGGAAAACCACGGCCUUGUGGAAAUGGAUGAUAAACCCACUGCUGUUUAUACAAUUAGUAACUUCAGAGAUUAUAUUGCUGAGACACUGCACCAGAACUUUUUGCUGGGGAAUUCCUCCUUGAAUCCUGAUCCUGAGUCUCUUCAGCUUAUUAAUGUGAGAGGAGUUUUGCUUCCACAAACAGAAGACUCAGUUUUAAACACCCAAAGUUCAAGUUUUCACUCAACGCCACCAUCUAUUCUGGAUAAUACCAUUCCAGCUGAAUGGCCCUCAGCAGAUGAAUCCACCACCAGCAAAAUUUCACCACUUGGUUUCAGCUCUGGUCCUCCCUCAACCACUGGCAGGGAACUGUGGUCAGAAAGUGCAUUGAGUGAUUUAGUGUCUACAUCUAAAUUAGUCUUCCCCUCGGAAUUGGGCCUCAGUUCUUCCCCAGAGGUAUUAGAUGUUAGCCGCUUGACUCUUCAUUCUGUCACCCCAGCAGUGCUUCAGACUGGUUUGCCUGUGGCUUCUCAGGAGGGAACUUCUGGAUCUCACUUAUUAGAAGAUGAAUUAGCCAAUAUUGAAGAGUCAAAUGUUCUUUCUACAGAUUCAUUACCUUCAAGUGCAUUCGUUCAACCUGUGCCAAAAGGAACAAUACCAUCUAUAGAAGACUCGGUUGUGUCCCUGACAUCCUCACCAUAUCUAACCUCAUCUGUUACAUUAGAUCUUCUUGAUAAAGAAAUGACUUUUGAAUUGGGCUCCUUGGCCUCCAAAGUCACAGACCAUUUAGAAGUGGGGCCUUUGUUUCCUGAUACAUCUGUGGGAAAAGAGGUCAUAUUUGAGAGUGGUUUAGGUUCUGGGUCUGGGCAAAAGGAGGAUCUGAUAACUUGGCCCUGGAGUGAGACUUCAUUAGACAAGAGCACUGAACCACUGUCCAAGCCAUGGUUUGAGGAUGAGGAUUCACUUUUGCCAAUUAAAGGCAGAGGUGAGAAACUACAUACAGAUGGAGAAAUGGAUUCCACAGAUCUAAUUAUUGAACAGUCAAAACAUAGUCAGGAUGAUAGACACAUACAUUUUGCAGAAACAGAGGACCUCAGUGGACCUACCACCAUACCCACCUUUGUAGAGUCUGUUACUCAGUCUGCAUCUCUCAUAUUUUCCAAGCACAUUUCAGAAGUAUCUGACAUUGAGCAUUACUCAGUUACAAAAGCACCACUUCUACAGACAUCUAUAGCAAGUUCUGCUUCUGCUGAGAAAACAGAGCAAGUGGAUGUCUUUCUACAGGAGCACAUAGAACAAACAACAGAUUCAUCGGGCCAUGAAUUGCUUGACAGCAAGGUUUCAGAGGUGAAGGCAGAUCUGCAAUCUGUGUGGACCGUAUUGCCAGAAGCAGAUAUAGUUUGGACAAGAACUUCCCUGGAGAAAUUGUCCAGAGAUACAGUGGCAAGUACACUGAUGAGUACUGAUAGACCCUGGUUGAAAUCUUCCAUGACACAGUCCACUAAAUUGCCUUCAACCACAAGUUCCACCCUGCUAGAGGAUGAAGUAAUAAUGGGUGUACAGGAUAUUUCAUUAGAACUGGACCGGGUAGGCACAGAUUACUAUCAGCCUGAGCUAAUCCAAGAGCAAAAUGGCAAGCUUGGUAGCUAUGUGGAAAUAUCUACAGAGAAGCCUAUUGUGGCUCAGCCCACCAAAGGAGGUGACAAAGGUGACACUCAGACCACAGGAGCUUUGGUGGUUUUCUUCAGCCUUCGAGUGACUAAUAUGAUGUUUUCAGAAGACUUGUUUAAUAAAAACUCUUUGGAAUAUAAAGCCCUGGAGCAAAGAUUCUUAGAAUUGUUGGUUCCCUAUCUCCAGUCAAACCUCACAGGGUUCCAGAAUUUAGAAAUCCUAAACUUCAGAAAUGGCAGCAUUGUGGUGAACAGUCGAAUGAGGUUUGCCAAGUCUGUACCUCCUAAUGUCAAUAAUGCUGUAUACCUGAUUCUGGAAGACUUCUGCACUACAGCCUACCAAACCAUGAACUUGGAUAUUGAUAAAUACUCCCUGGAUGUGGAAUCAGGUGAUGAGGCCAACCCUUGUAAGUUUCAGGCCUGUAAUGAAUUUUCUGAAUGUUUGGUCAACUCCUGGAGUGGAGAAGCAAAGUGCAGAUGUUUCCCUGGGUACCUGAGUAUAGAUGAUCUGCCUUGUCAGAGUCUCUGUAACCUACAGCCAGACUUCUGCUUGAAUGAUGGAAAAUGUGACAUCAUGCCUGGGCAUGGGGCCAUUUGUAGAUGCCGAGUGGGUGAAAACUGGUGGUACCGAGGUGAACACUGUGAGGAGUUUGUGUCUGAGCCCUUGGUCAUAGGCAUCACCAUAGCUUCAGUGGUUGGCCUUCUCUUCAUCUCUUCUGUUGUCAUCUUCUUCUUUGUCAAGACUCUUCAAGCUCAGAAUAACAGGAGAGAAAGAGAAAGGCCUAGCAGGCAUCCUGACAGCCUGUCAUCCAUCGAGAAUGCUGUGAAGUACAACCCUGCUUACGAAAGCCAGGUGGCUGGAUGUGAGCAGUAUGGUGGAGCUCAGUAUCCCUUCUACAGUUCUGCCAGUGAAGAGGUGAUUGGUGGUCUGAGUAGAGAAGAAAUCAGACAGAUGUAUGAGAGCAGUGGCCUUUCCAAAGAGGAAAUUCAAGAGAGAAUGAGGAUAUUGGAACUGUAUGCUAAUGAUCCAGAGUUUGCAGCUUUUGUGAGAGAGCAUCAAAUCUCAUAUGUGUUGGAUGAAAAACAAAUUGUUUAUAAAUCACAAAUUAACACCAAAAGGCAACUCUUUAAAUGGGUGCUUGCUGGAAGAGUUCUAGGUGGCUAUAAAGGUUGUCUAGGGCACAUCGCCAUGAAAAAUACUCAGGAGAAGCACAGACUGAGCCAAAGGAGGACAGUUGUUUUCCAAGAGACAAGCAGUGAAGGGGGAAGUUGGAAAUUUUUGACAUCUGUCACUGUCACUGAUUUACUUUUGAAUGACCUUCUCAUAAAGGGGCAAAUUACUGAGCUCUAUUGUGAUUACCCAGAACAGGAAACGCAGAGCCUUCUUCCUGUUGGGAAUUUAGGGAAAAUGAAGCUCAAUGCCGUGCUCUGGUUUUCUGGACUUGUUAACCUGAUGCCUACCUCUGUACCUGUCUGUGCUUCCCUGAUUGCAGCUCUGUGUCAGCUUCUGGAGGAGACUGAGGCCAUGCGUGGUGGUGGGAAGGAUGCUGGUACUAUUGCAGAGAGCGGAGCAAGAGCAAGACACUUGGCUUCUUCAGACUGCUAUGCUUCCUUAAGGGAAGGCUUCUUCACCUUCUUCCCACGGGCCCUGACAAGCAUCAUUCUACUUUCCGACUCCUUGAUUGACCACUCCAACUACCUCAAAUCUGCAGACAGAUUAAAUACUAAUGGCAAGAAUGCAAAUCAAAAGACCUUAAACAAGACUAUUCAAGAAAUUGAGUUAAACACACUGGAAAAACAAUCUCACCCUAACUUUGGCAUUUACAUUACACUUUACACUGAAGGCCAUAACAUGUUUUUUAGCUACUGUCUGAACAAUGAAGCAAGUCUUGUGAAAAUUACAGCCUGA